AUGAGUCAGGUUAAGAACCUGCGUGCCAUGUUCGAGGGCAAAGGCGACACGAGCCCGCCCGACAGAGGCCGAUCGUCCGGCGCGUCCACUCCCGUCCCAGGCGCAACCAACGGAGUCGAGUCACCUCGUCCGCUUUCAAAAGUUAGAACCAAUUUUGUUGCUGUUGAAAAGGACGGAAGGAUAGGGCUUCGAAGAGACCCCAGUCACGAAUCUAGCGUUUCUCGUCGUCGAUUAAGCAUGGAGACCGACACCGAAUCCGUUUCUACUGUCCCUGACAAGGCCCCCGUGGCUGCUGAGGAGGUCACGCGAGUCAACAAGCCAAUCUUGCACGAGACAAUCCCGGAAUCGCCUCGCCAGCCUGUCGAAGCACCCAAGACACCCGUCGAGGAGGUCGCCGCUGUUCCAGAGCAGCCCAGCAUCACUCCUGAAAAGCGGGUAGCUGAAGAGGUGUCUGCCCCCCCGUCGCAGCCCGCGGAUGCUGUGCCAGCUUCCCCAACGAAAGGGAAGAGGCAGACACCGCCUCCAACAGCUACAGCUGUCAAUGGCAAGUCAAAGGCUGAGAAGCCCAAGGAGCCAGCUUCUGCAGCCCCGGCAAAGGCCAAUGCCACAAAGAAGGCGGCUACUCGACCAAACACAAUCUCGACCAAAACCUCCACCACCACGAAACCUCCAGCAAGGUCUCCCGCUGCCACAAAGACUCCCACGAGCGCUACCCACAAGCCAGAACACAAACCCGAACACAAGCCUGAGCAUAAGCCAGCAACAAAGGCUCAUGAGAGGCCUGCACCGAGGAAGGAAACGAGGCCGGCAUCCAGGACUGGCCCUUCAUCGCUCACUCGGCCCACGGCUGCUAGUGCGAGCAAGAAGCCCCAGCCACUGAAGCCUGUGCCCAGCGAGACCGGCUUUGUCAAGCCGAAGCCCAAGUCUCCUACGAAACCGGUCCAUCUGCCUGCUUCUCUCAUGGCUCCAACCGCAUCCUCUGGAGCCAAGUCAGGUCGUCAGGUUCGACCCUCCCCCAGCUCCCAGAACCUCCAUGUGCCUGCUCGCCCUCAUAGCAGGGCGAGCGCGACAGGAACAAGCGCUACCGCUGGCAAAACGAUCAAGCGUCAAAGCUCCACCAUCAACCGUCCACGACCAAGCUUGGGACCCCCUCCUAAGAAGGCUGCUGACCAUCCCGUCACGAAGAAGGAAGCUCCCGUCGAUGAAAGCUUCUUGGCUCGCAUGAUGCGACCCACGCAAGCCUCUUCAUCAAAGACGACCGAAAAGGUGCCCACUACACCUCCCAGAAGAACUGCUAAGCGCCCUUCAUCAGGCGCCGAGCAUACCACACGACGUGAGAGCAGCAGCAAGCCUCCAGGAAGCGCCAGGAAGCCUCUGAAGAAGCAUCCCGAUCCGAAGGAUGAGGCCAAGUCUGCUGGCUCAGAGAAGUCUGCAACAGCUACUACCCCCACGCCUCCUGAGGAGGAAGUUUCUCAACCUCCCAAGCCGCAGACCCCCGAGCUCACGGUCGAAGCCCCUAAGGAGCUUGAGGCGACCAGCACCACGGAAGACGUGAAGAAGCCCGAGGUCGAGCCUGUUGUUGAAGAACCGGAGGCCGAGGUCGAGGCUGCCGCCACUGAGCCUGAAGAAGUUGUUGAACCUGCUCAGCCUGAGCCUGAAGCUGCUCAGCAGCAGGAAGUUCCGGAGGAGCCUGUUCACGAGGAGGCGAAGGAGGAGGUUCGACCCGUGACCCCUGAGCAACAGAAGGAGACUGCUCCUGUCGAGGUUCCCGAGCCCGCCGCAGCCGAGAAGACCGAGGAGGUCGCUGAACAGGCUGUUGAGGAAGAGCCCAAGGAGUCAGCUCCCGUCCCUGAGCCGGAGGCUGAGAAGAAGGAGAACUCUGAUGUUGUUCCUUUACUGGAGGAGGACUCUGUCCAGGCUCCUGUGGAGGAAACACAAGAGACUGUCGUGGCUCCCGAGCCUGAGGUUGAGGUCAAGGCGGAGACUGAGACUGAGGCCAAGGCAGAGGUGAUCCCUCUGUUGGAGAAGGAGUCCGAGCCCGUCGCGGAGACGGAAACCCUUGAGAAGCAGCCCGCCGAGAAUGAGACAACAACCCAGAUUGAUACCAAGGAAGAAGCAAAG